UUCUCUCUCUCCACAAAAACAUUAUUUUUCUUCUUCUUCAUUACUAAGCAUUAUAUGUCUCACAGACCCAUCGCCCCUCAUUCUUCUUCCAUAGCCUUCGCCCUUCAUUCCCAUCUUCUGGUUUCCAGUGAGAUGAACCCUAUCUCCAAUUGGUCUUAACAUUCUUAACACUCUUAACAUCCCCUCCUCUUUCUUUCAAUUACUUUCAUUGAUCCCCAAUUCAUAUUCUUUUUCCUUUUCUUACAAAUGGGUAUCAAGGGAUUCGUUGAAGGAGGAAUCGCUUCCGUAAUCGCCGGUUGUUCAACCCACCCACUGGAUCUAAUCAAGGUCCGUAUGCAGCUCCAGGGAGAAAACAAUGUCAAACAAGAAAUCCAUUCUCUCCGCCCUGCUUUUGCUUAUCACGGCGGCGCCGCCGCCGCAGCCCCGAUCGUUCCUCCCAAGGUGGGACCUGUCUCGGUCGGGAUCAAGAUUUUCCAAACAGAGGGUAUCCCUGCUCUGUUCUCCGGGAUAUCAGCCACCGUCCUCCGACAGACUUUAUAUUCCACAACCCGGAUGGGGUUAUACGAGAUUCUGAAAGAGAAAUGGUCAGAUCCUAAAUCCGGCACACUUCCACUCGGAAGUAAAAUCGGCGCCGGUCUAAUCGCCGGUGGGAUCGGGGCUGCUGUUGGUAAUCCAGCCGAUGUAGCGAUGGUGAGAAUGCAAGCUGAUGGAAGACUACCGAUUUCUCAACGCAGGAAUUACAAGAGUGUUGUUGACGCCAUAACCCAGAUGUCUAAACAGGAAGGGAUUACUUCUCUAUGGCGUGGAUCGUCUUUAACUGUGAAUCGUGCGAUGAUCGUGACUGCAUCGCAACUUGCAUCUUAUGAUCAAGUGAAAGAGAUGAUUAUUGAAAAGGGUUUGAUGAAAGAUGGACUUGGGACACAUGUGACGGCGAGUUUUGCGGCGGGUUUUGUGGCGUCGGUGGCUUCGAAUCCGGUUGAUGUUAUUAAGACUAGGGUGAUGAAUAUGAAAGUUGAACCUGGAAUGCCGGCGCCCUAUAGUGGAGCUAUUGAUUGUGCCCUUAAGACUAUAAGGGCGGAGGGUCCUUUUGCCCUUUAUAAGGGCUUCAUACCUACAAUUUCAAGGCAAGGACCGUUCACUGUGAUGCUGUUUGUGACUCUUGAACAAGUUCGUAAGCUUCUUAAGGACUUUUAAUUAAAGACAGUUUUAUGAUGAUGAUGAUGAAAAAGAGGAAGAAGACUGACUAUGAAGCAUAAGAAUAUCUUAAUAAAAUAAUUUGUAUUUUUAAGUUUCUGAUAUUAUAAGAAUCAUGGGUUAUAAAUUGAAACUUUACUAAAUCUUUGUUUUGUUAAA